UUCCAUCUUAAGCCUUUUGUGUGUCUUUUGGUUUCUAUAUAAGGCACAUUCUUGUUGAACUUCUCUCCUUCUCUGAUCGGUUUGGAUGAACCCGGGAGUUCCAUAUUCUUGAAGAUGUUGGCCAUUUUUCACAAGACUUUCGCACACCCACCUGAGGAACUUAACAGCCCUGCCUCUUUCAGUGGCUCUAAGACUCCUAAGCUUCCUGAAGAAACACUCAAGGACUUUCUAGCUCGUCACCCUCACAAUACGUUCUCUGUCAACUUCGGUCAGGCGGCUGUUCUUGCUUAUGUUCCUCCUGAUGGACGACCUUUUUCUCCCCAUCAGAGGCUGUUCUGUGGGUUUGAUGAGAUAUACUGUCUGUUCUUGGGGAGUUUGAACAAUCUAUGUGCACUCAACAAGCAAUAUGGUCUAUCAAAAGGCUCGAACGAGGCCAUGUUUUUGAUCGAGGCCUAUAGGACACUAAGGGACAGAGGCCCUUACCCAGCUGAUCAGGUCCUUAAGGAGCUUGAUGGCAGCUUUGCUUUUGUUGUUUAUGAUAGCAGGGUUGGUGCUGUUUUUGCUGCCUUGGGUGCCGAUGGAGGAGUGAAGCUCUAUUGGGGAAUCACAGCAGAUGGGUCAGUAGUGAUAUCAGAUGAUGUGGAUGUCAUUAAAGAAGGCUGUGCUAAAUCAUAUGCACCCUUCCCAACUGGAUGCAUGUUCCACAGUGAAGGAGGGCUAAUGAGUUUUGAGCAUCCAAUGAACAAGAUGAAGGCAAUGCCGAGAAUCGACAGUGAAGGUGCCAUGUGUGGAGCUAAUUUCAAGGUUGAUGUGUACACAAGGGUUAACAGCAUUCCAAGGCGUGGCAGUGAAGCUAAUUGGGCUGAAUGGGGCACAGACUAGGCAUUACAUCUCUGUCUGUGCCUGCUAUUCCAACAAUUGCUGUUCUAAGUUCCAAUGGCUUGUAAUUUUAGACUGUAAAAUUUCUUACCUACACAAAGUAAGCUUCUUCCUAUGUAAAUAAACAAAUAAUUUCGUUACUUCUCGAGGAUAGUUUCAGGUAAACUCAUUCCAUCAAA